CACAUGUAAGUCAAUUUGUGUUGCAUAUAUUUGAGUGUACCUGUUUGAGUGUCAUCAGAUGCUAACCAGAGUUAACCUGGACCUGAUAUAGGUAAACAUUAAUUCGAUAUUACCGAGAAAUCGGCAUGGAUGUUGUAGUCAUUUUUGAAGUUCCCACGUGAAACGUUUACAAUCCUAUAUGCAGAGCAAACCUGAGCUCAAAAACUUUAACUUGAAUAAUGUAAAUGUUAAAACACACUUGUAUGGGAUAAGCGGGGGAAACAUUACAAAUUCAAGGGAUGUGAAGAAAUUGAAUUCAUUCAUCAACACUGUGGGAGCGUCACCCAAAUGCCUGAUAAUUCAGAUUGGGGGGAAUGAUAUGGACUCCCUAGAUAUUACGCCCCAGGAAGUGAUUUUUAAACUCAUUGCGAUGGCACAGGUGUGGAAAGUGCGAUAUAACUUCAAACAAGUGUUUGUGUGUCAACUGUUGCCAAGGGAAAUAACUCGUGUAGUACAACCUUCGCAAUACAAUGAGAACGUGAGAGAGGCAAACAAGUUACUAAAGGCAGAAUUGUCUCGCGCACCAAACAGUGCCAUAACAUACUGGAAAAUCAAAGGGGUGAAGAAAUCUAUGGAUAGUAAUUAUGUAGACGGGGUACACUUCAAUUGGCAGUUUGGCAUGCCAAAAUAUUUUCGGAACAUUAGAGGGGCCAUCCUGACAGCUAUACGACACAAUUAAGUUAAGUAUAACAUGAUGGGUUUUUUGAGAAUGAAGGGCUUUUAAAAAUAUAAAUUAUAUAAUAGAUAACACAAUGUUAUACUUCACAGAUGGCUCAUUAAUGGAUGGAUAAUACUACAUUAAAUCAGUAAUUUUUUGUAAUAACCAGUUCAUAUGGAAUUGGUCUUAUAAUGCUGUAUGGAGAUUACUUAUAGAGCGUAUGAUAAUUUAGCCAAUUCACAAAUGGAAUUGGUCUGCCAGUUCAAAUGGAAUUUGGUUUGAUGCUAUAUUAGAAAGAUGUUCAUAUGGAUCUUGUGGUUCAAUGGAACCCUGAAUUUGAUAAGUAUAUGUUCAAAUGGAACAGUUGAACAGUUCAUAUGGAACUGGGCAUUCAACAUAUUUCAUUUCAUAUGGAAUAGCACCGAUCGGUAUUUACCUAAGUAUACUAAAAAUAGAAUGACCCCAUGAUGCAACGCGCCGAUGCGGACAAACAAUCGCAGGUGAUCGUGUUACAGUAUCAACAUGGACGAAAACAAAGAAUACUUGAUGAAGAAGAAGGGUGCCACAAAACACUGCGCUUAUGGAACAUGCAAUAGUGACUCAAGAUACGCACAUAGAAAAGAGAUGGAGGUUUUUUUUUUUCAUUCGAUUUCCUACUAAGCACAAAAAUUUAGAGAAAUGUGCUCGUUGGGUCCAGGCAUGCCGCAGGCAAAACUUCAUCCUCGAGAACGUAAAAAAGGACACAUAUAUCUGCAGUCUACACUUCGUCAAUGAAAAAGGACCAAGUAGUGAAUACCCUGAUCCUGUCCCAGCAACCACAACUAAAUCCGAAGUAAGUUGAUUAAACUUUUAAUACUUUACAGAAUGGUAAUUUGCAUGACAAUGAAUUAUUACCUUAAUUUACUACUGAUAAGUAUCGCAUGCAUUCGAAAUUAUUUUUGUAACUUUUUCACAGUGAUAUUUUUAUAUUAAUAUAGAUGGAAAGACUGGGGAAAAAACGAAGAAGGCCUGCUGUACGUAGAAAAAUUCAUAUCUCCCCUUCAGAAUCGCACAAUCUAUCGGAAUCCACGCAGGUCGAAGAGGGCACACUUCCCGCAGAGCAAUUCCAUGUAGCCAAUAUAUUGUUAUCUCUUAAUCCCGAGCCCCCUUCAACGGUAACAUCAGCAACAUCAAGUAAGAAGCGGACUUACGAUGAUGCAUUUGGGGGGAAAUGUGACAAAGACACACAAACACCCUCCAUUAGUAUGACGCUGAAAGAUUCCCUUGCUUUGAAAGUAGACAAUUAUCAAUUAAAAAGAAAGGUAGAAGAUUUACAGAACGAAAUAACCCGCAAGAGAGAUGAACAUCAUUUUUCGAUUGAGAGUAUCGAAGAUGAUGACGAGAAAAUGAAUUUUUAUACUGGGUUGACAUAUAUGCAGUUUAUGUGCCUUUGGAGAUUCCUUGGACCAGCAACAAGAAAUCUCUCAAGACUUAGCAACCCAAGAAAAAAUGAAACGACACCUACAAAGUCGAAGGGUCCAAAGAGAAAACUCUCACCCAAGAACGAACUGUUUUUAACAUUAAUUAGAAUGCGUUUAGGUCUUUUAAACAAGGACUUGGCAUUUCGGUUUAAUAUAGCGGCCACAACUGUAAAUGACAUAGUUACAACAUGGGUUCAAUUUAUGUAUCGUCAAUUCAAUAAACUGAGAGGCCCAAUAUUUGCUUCCAGGAAAAAGACCAAAAAAACAUUUACCAAAGAGUUUUAGAAAGUUUAGAAAUGUACGUGUUAUACUCGAUGCUACAGAAUUCUUCACACAAGCGCCCAGGAACUAUGAGCAACAAGGAAACAUGUACUCUUCCUACAAGAAUCACUGCACAUGCAAAGUUUUAAUCGGUAUAACACCCUCUGGUGCAAUAUCGUUUGUUUCUGAUGUAUAUGAGGGUUCGAUAUCAGAUAAAGAUAUUUUUAAGAAAAGCGAGAUAUUGGACAAAUUGGAUAAUGGGGCUUUAGUCAUGGUAGACAGAGGAUUCAAUAUUCGUGAUCUUCUAUUGAAAAAGGGUGCAGAUAUUGUCAUCCCCCCUUUUCUAGGAAACAGACCCAGUCUCACACCCAAGGAGGAGGCACAGACGAGAGUUAUUGCCAAGUUACGCAUUCAUGUUGAACGCGUUAUAGAGCGCAUGAAAAAAUUCAAGAUACUGAAGAAGACUGUACCUCUAAAUACUUUACCAACAUUUUCACAAACCGUGUUUGUAGUUGCUUGUCUGGUGAAUUUCCAGAAGCCCAUUGUGAAAUAAAUAUUUUAUUUAAAUAUAUACAUUUUAUUUAUUUAU